AUGCCGCACUUCCCUCAGUCGCUCUCAGAAGGCAGCCAGGGCAGUGGACCCGGCGGACACGGGUCACGUCCACCGCUCUUACCUGGCCUCAGCCGACAAGAGGGCUGGGUUGUCCCGCCGGCUGUGAAGGACCCGGACUCUGAGGAUGCGCAGAGUUCAAAUUCAUCAUCACCAUCUGAAGAAGAAGACGAAGUCCCAGUGAAGCCGGACAACAGCGGCAGCAUUCCUGGCAGUGGAAGUCUCCCCGGUCAGCCGGGGGUUCUUCCACCCAAUCCUUUGCGCCAGCGUUUGUCUGUGUCAUCAACUACUGGACCAUCCACACAAGACUUUCAGCGUGUCUUCAACAGCCUCUCAGUCUUCCGGACGCAGCUCAUGGCCAACCAAAAGGCCAUGUUGAAUCUCCUGGAUGAGGAGCUCGACAAGGUGAAGCGUUCACCAGGAAUGGGUGCCGCUGCCUUGGUUCGGGGAUCCACAAACAACGCCCUGGACCCUCAAGGUAUGGCUCCAGUCUCGCUGAUGCGUGGGGCCAGUGGACAUCAAGGUGUUCAGGAAAAAGUGGAAGCAAAGCGCUAUUCAUUCAACUCCACCUUCCCUUCCUUGCCAUCCGUGAUGAAAGCACGAAAGAGGCGCAUGUCCUGGAUUCAAAAGACCAACCCUUUGGGUGAAGACAACUCUCCAACUCCUCGGGAGGAGGGAGAUGAGGGAGAUGAGGAUGAUGUCAACUGGACGAAAGAAGACAGAGCCAAAGCCCGCAAAGAAGCAGAAGACUACCAAAAGGGCGGGAUGCUUUCCCAGCUCAACGAAGAUCUUGUGAAGAACACGGUUCAAAAGCGGGCGGCUGACGACCUCAACAAUCUUGCAGUGGAUAGCCCACCGGUGCGGCAAAAUGAUGGCGUUUUGGUCAGGAUGGGAAUGCACCCUUACUUUGAGCGGAUUACAAUGGCUGUGAUUUUCCUCAAUGCAGUCUGGAUUUCUGUGGACAUCGAGUUCAAUGAUGCUGACAUUCUAGCAGAGGCCGACGUUGGAUUCAUCAUUGUCGAGAACAUCUUUUGCACCUUCUUCACCAUCGAGCUCAUUCUUCGCUACAUGAUGUUCUUGAGGACAUGGUACGCUCUGCAGGAUCCGUGGUUCAUGUUCGAUGUUUUCCUGCUCACCUUAAUGAUCUUUGAGACCUGGCUGGUUCCAAUCGCUCAUCUCAUGACUCAGAACAGUGGCAACAGUAUUACCGGUGGGGCCUCUGUUUUGCGCGUGGCACGGGUGUUGCGCGUGUUGCGCACGGCACGGAUGGCCCGCUUGGUGCGUUUGCUGCCAGAGUUGAUGAUCCUCAUCAAAGGAAUGAUGGUGGCCUGUCGAUCUGUAUUCUUCACCUUGGUGUUGCUGUUGCUCUUCACCUACGUCUUCAGUGUGGCCUUUAUGCAGUUCAGUCGUGGCACGGUGCUGGAGCAGAAGUUCUUCAGCUCGAUGGGCACGGCCAUUUGGACCUUGAUCCUGAAGUGCAUCCUCACAGACCAGCAGGUCAUCAUCGAAGCUGUGGCGGAGGAGAGUUGGGUCAUGGCCAUCCUGAUGUUGUUCUUCAUUCUUUUCGGAUCCCUGACCGUCAUGAACAUGCUCCUGGGUGUGUUGGUGGAGGCAAUCAAGACAGUGUCCACGAUCGAACGUGAACAGUUGGAAGUGGACUUUGCCAAAAAGUGCCUGUGGGAAAUGAUCGAUAAAGGACAUGCAGAUCAGGAUGGUGACAACCGCAUCUCCGAAGAGGAGUAUCGAAAUGUGUUGAGGACUCCUCAGGCCAUGGCCGCAUUGACCAGCCUUGGUGUGGAUGUAGAGGCUGCCUUGGACUAUGGCCGCUUGCUGUUUGAAGAUGGUGAACCCUUGACCUUCGGCGACUUCAUGCGGGGCAUUUUGACCCUGCGCGGCUCCAAUCAGACCACCGUGAAGGACAUUGUGGACCUCCGCAAGUUCACCGCAGACGAGUUUUCACACAUCCACGAGGUUCUCAAUGGGAUCUGCAAGUUCCUGGUGGCCAUCCCAGGACUCCCAGGACAUGGCCAUCCGGCUCCAACGGCCCCAGCUGUGGCCCCAGCUGUGGCCCCAGCCACUGCGGCGCCAACGGUCGCGGCACCGCCCAGCAACGCGGGCAACGCAGGCAACGCACGCUAUCGUCGUGCUCGGUCAUCCUUUGCGUCUGUGACAUCGCUGACAGUCACAGACGAGCCCAAUAGUGCUCGCCAAGACCCUGAAGCAUAGGUGAAGAUAGUGAAGUCUGAUGGGGAGGAUCCAACAGUUCAAUGGUUCGGCUUGAACAUGUUUAACCGGAACCCCCCCAAUGGGGGUAAAAACCUUCCUG